GUCUGUUACUUCGGUAAGUCCUCUUUCGUUCCGCGUAGAUCUCCACUGAUGGGGUCAUAUAUUCAUGGCGUGGCUACCCGCAAGAGUACUCUAUCUACUGCAGCAUAGUAGAACAACAUGUCUCACUCCAGAGAAGGAUAUCUAUGGACGCCAUCCGGGGCAACUGAGGGUCUUCAAACUGCUGCGGUCCAAUCCAGCUUGUCUACAGUCAAAGAUCACUACGAUGUCAUUGUCAUCGGGGCUGGGUUUGCCGGUCUCAUAGCCUCCCGCGAUUUAUCUCGAAAAUACAACCUCAAUGUCCUCCUCAUUGAAGCGCGCGAUCGCAUUGGCGGCCGCACUUGGACCGCACAGGUAUUGGGCGAGGAUCUCGAGAUGGGAGGGACAUGGGUCCAUUGGGCGCAGCCGCAUGUGUAUGCUGAGCUGCACCGGUAUGGGCUACAUCGCAAUCUAAAGACGUCGGCUGGCACUUUUGCUCCAACGAGCCAGUCGUUUACCCCAGCAUCGGGAGGGGUAGAGGAGGUUUCGAUUCUUGAUUGCGCUGCUGCCAUUGAACGGGUUGCGGAAAGGGUAUUCUCUGUCGAUGGCUUGGAUAGUAGAGCUCUGAUGCCAUACCCGCAUGAUUCGUUACGUGAACCGGUCCUCUGGAAGAAGUACGAUCAUCUUACUGUGAAGGACCGGCUGGAUGCGUUACAUGAUAUUCCGCAGCGAGACAAAGACUUGUUCGAGUCCAACACCAAUACGUUUGGCAGUGCGCCGGGGAGGGAUAUCGGUUUUGUGGAGGCUUUGCGGUGGUAUGCGCUCGGCGGGCAUACAUUUGCUGGCGUAAUGGAAAUGGCCGGUAUCUACAAGAUAGGGAAUGGGGGGAUGACUGCCCUUGCUAGUGCCAUUUUGGAGGAAUAUACUGGCGAUAGACUCUUCAACACUGCAGUCUCCGCCAUCCGCAAUACUUCGAGAGGAGCUGAGGUCACCAGUGUUCACGGACAGAAGUUUACAGCAAAGGCUCUCAUCUCAACUAUCCCACUGAACUGUCUUGGUGAUAUCAAGUUCGACCCCCCUCUAUCACCCCUACGCCACGAAGCUGCUACAAAUGGACACAUCAACAAGGGCGCAAAGAUUCACUUCAAGCUUCGCCAAACCCUUCCAGGCUGGUUCUGGACCGGCGACGGCUACGGCGACUCCAGCUUCCUGUUUGCAUUCUCCGACCAUAAUGGAACGCAAUCACCACGGCCGUCAGGGACCUGGUGCAUUGGGUUUGGAUAUAAUGGCAAACUCACGGACAAGAGGGACUCAAAGCAUAUUCUGGAGCAGUUCCGGAAGAAUAUCAAGCCCGAUGCUGAGGUUGAGGGAUAUGCAACGCAUGACUGGAUGAAUGAUCCCUAUGCCAAAGGAGUCUGGGCAUGCUGGGGCCCGAAUAGUGCGUCGAGAUACCUGCAGGAGCUACAACAACACCAGGGACGAAUUAUAUUUGCGAGUGCAGACUGGGCAGAUGGAUGGAGAGGGUUUGUCGAUGGGGCAAUUGAGCAGGGCCAGACUGCUGUGCGAAAGACGUUGGCAUUGGUGGAACAAGCGAGGCCAAAGCUAUAAUAUAGUUGUGUUCAAACCCUGUAGUCCUAAAUAUUAUAUCGCUAGCAAUCCGUGCUUGCUGAAUGUGUAUAUAAAGACGGACUUGUGUCGGCAGUUGAACCCGGCAGUGGGAUCCGACUGUGGCGACUGACGAACC